AUGAUCCCUCUUCCAAAUAUUAAAUACACUGAACCAUCCUCAAGUAAUGCAGAGGCUCUUUUGUCCGAAAAUGGAAGCAUUACUCUCUCUCCUGAGGAUAAAGAACGUAUGUACAUGCCUUGGCAAUAUUCUAUAAUCAUAAGGUUACAAGGCAAACGGAUCCUCCAUCAAACACUUAAAAGAAAAGUUGAAGAACUGUGGAAGCUAAAUGAUAGUUUUCCAUUGAUCGAUCUGGGGUCUGACUAUUAUAUUGCAAAGCUUCGAAAAGCAGAAAGUAUGAACCAUGUCCUACAAAAAGGACCAUGGUUUGUUUUUGGUUUUUUCUUAAGUUGCCAAAAAUGGAAGCCAAAUUUUGUGGCAGCAAAUGCAAAACAAAUAUGCACUGCCGUAUGGAUCCGUCUACCAAAUCUACUGACUGAAUUCUAUGAUAAAAUAAUCCUUCAAAGGAUUGGCAACUCUAUUGGAAGGUUAUUGAAAGUGGAUGCCUGUACUUUCUCCACUUUACGGGGAAGAUAUGCAAGGUUGUGCGUCGAACUACCAUUAAACAAACCAGUGGACAAGUUCAUAGUUAUAGACGAGUACAAACAAAUCAUUGAGUACGAAGGAGAUAAAUUACUCUGUAAAACUGUGGGUCCUUAG